UUUUUUUAAUUUUUUGUUUCUUGUUUCAGUUUUUACUUUUCUUAACUAGUUAUUCGCAAAGUUUAAUCAAAAUGCUUGUUCUACAAGAUUUGGAAGAACCUUCCGAAAAUAUUAUGGCUACCGAAAAUAUGGUUGUUGCUUAUUGGGAGAGAGACUGUCUUGGACAAGGAAAUCUUUUUUUGACUGAUCGGCAAUUAAUUUGGAUUAAUCCAACAAGCCGUAAAGGUCUUCGUUUGCCAGUUCCGUCGAUUGUGGUGCAUGCUGUUUCUGCUUCGAAUGAAAGCUUUCCGGAACCUUGUCUUUUCACUUUGAUUGACACAUCGAAAGCUGGAGUGGAAUACACACCAGAGCCUUUAGACGAUGAUGGUGAGGAAAUUGAAGAGAACGAGGAUGUAAAGACGGUUGCUUUUCGACUUAUUCCGGCGGACUCUACUCAUAUCCAGGAUCUUUUUGCAACUUUGAACAAAUGCCAAGAAUUGAAUCCUGAGCCGGAGGAGAUGUCGGAUGAGGAUAACUACGACGAGGACGAUGAAGAAUGCCAUGAAAACGGCGAAGUUGACCAUGACGAGGAAAUGAAUGGAGAUCAAUAA